AUGAGGGCUCCGCCCUUCACUGAUGACAUCAAUGGGGAAAUGGUGCCCCCAAACUUUAAGCUUCCAAAUUUGCACACCUAUGACGGCCGAGGUGACCCCGAGGAUCACCUCCGCGCCUUCAUCUCCGCAUUCCGACUCUACUGCGUCCCCGACGCCGUGAUCUGUCGGGCUUUCCCCAUCUUCCUACACGGGACCGCCCGGAAGUGGUUCUGGAGUUUAGAACCAGGGAGCAUUUCCUCCCUGGAUGAGCUGAUAGACCGGUUCAUCCACCGCUUCGUGUCGUCUCGACCAAUAACAAAGACUUCAGCUUACCUCUUGAACCUGCAACAGGGUAAGGGCGAGUCACUUCGCUCAUACGCCCAAAGGUUCAAUGAGGAGAAUGUACAGAUACCUGACCAGAACGAGCAGGUAACUAUCGCUGCCUUCACCAACGGGUUAGUGGCAGGGAUCUUCAACACAGAAAUCCAUCGGCAAUACCCCCGUACACUACGGGAGCUCUGGGAAAGAGUGGACCAGGGAAUCCGAAGUGAAGAUGUAAAUCGCAUGAAGCGAGAAGCCCAAGCAUCUCGUACGGGGCAAGAUCCCCGGAGGAGGAAAGACACUGGCCGAGGUGAGCCAGGCCCAAGUGGCACUUCAAACCAACCCCGAGACCGCCGAAGUGUCUUCGACCGGAUCGUGAAAGGCAGAUCGUCCACCUCGGACGCCGAGCUGACGCCCCUCAAUUCGAGCCGGACCCACGUCCUGGCUGUGAUGAGGCAGAAUCACCUCGGUCGCAACCCUCCCGAAAUUCCGGGGAGGAGAGAUAAGAGGAACUCGAACCUCUACUGUGCCUACCACCGUGAUGUAGGGCACGAGACUGAAGACUGCAAUGACCUGAAGCGGGAAAUCGAAAAUUUGAUCCGGCAGGGAUACCUGAAGCAAUUCGUCCGCAAGGAUGGAGGCUUCAACCGAAGCGUCUCCCACCGGGAGAACCGAGGCCCCCGCCGAGACGACCGACGGGACACGAACAUGCAUUGUCGAGGUCCCGAAGACCGUAGGGAGGACAAGCAGCCCCCACGCGAUGGCUCACCGGGCUACGGCCCAAACAUAGCCGGGGUGAUCAACACCAUCGCGGGAGGACCAACGGGAGGAGACAGCCAGAACUCCCGGAAGCGGACCUACCGCCAGGCCGAGAUGGAGGUGGCCGAGCCGAGCUCUCGGCUGUCCGAGGUCAUCACCUACGGUCCCGCUGACCCCGUUCCUGCGGCCUCCAGCAAUCACGAGGCUCUUGUGGAUGAAAGUCCUCCAAACAACAACUACGUAGUUCAAAAGGUCUAUGGUUGA